AGAAAGUUCGCCGCCAUGCGAUUGUUGUUGAUUUGUUUAUAUGUAUGAUUAUAGCGCGGCGCAAUGUUUACAAAUUCAAAUGUUUCACAGCUAUGGAUGUCUUUGGACGGGUGGAAGGCUUGCUGAUUAAAAAUUGCCAAUUUCAAUUGAACUUUGUUCUAAUAUUUUUGGCUGGAUCAGCGCCCCCUUUGUAUACACACCCUUCCAUCGACCAUGAUGGAUUGUUUGAUGAUCCGGCACCCAAGCGGUUGCGGAGCCUCCACCUUUAACCUAGAUCUGCGGUGCAUCCGCAGACGUGUGUUUUGCCGAAAUUACAUGCGACGCGUCCAAAGCUGGCAUAAUUUUGUGAAAAAUUAUAAAUAAGAAAGGAUAUAGACAAGCUGCAAAACAUGAGUCGUUUUUUCGCAACUGGCUCGGAUUCGGAGUCUGACAGCUCGUCCGAGGAGGAGCAGGUUCAACGCGCGCCGGCGGCAGCUUUUACCUACAGCGACGAAGAAGAAGAAACCAAGCGGGUGGUCAGAUCCACCAAAGAAAAAAAGUAUCAACAUAUUACGAAUUUGAUCAAGUUGAUCAGAAAUCAAAAGAAAAUCAAGGAUAUCAAUCCCAUGCUGAGUACUUUUGAAGAUUUGACUAAAGCGUACAGUAAGGCAUUGACUGUCAUUAACAAAGAAGAAAAUGGAAAGACUCCAGUUUUUUAUCUGCGUAUCUUGGUUGAGAUUGAUGAUUUCAUUAAGGAAGUUUGGGAAGACAGAGAAGGGCGUAAAAAUAUGUCAAAAACAAACUCUAAGGCAUUGACAUCUUUGCGCCAGAAGCUAAGAAAAUAUAUCAAAGAGUAUUUUGAAAAGGAAAUUGAAACAUUUAGGGAAAAUCCACUGGAUGAUGAUGAGGAAGAAUUUAAAGAUGAAGCAGAAUCUGAAGACAAUGAUGAUCAAGCAGCAGAUUUCAAGAAGCAGGAACCCAUUCCAGAUGCUUCUAAAUUCAAGAAAGGAGCUGUUGAUGAUGAUGGUAGUGAUAGUGACUCAGAUUGGGGUAGCAGUUCAGAUGAUGAGAGUUCUAGCAGCUCAGGUGAUGAUAAACCAGUGGCUGGACCUGAUUAUUUCAGAAAAACAGCACAAAAAGAUGGAGACGAAGAACAGAAACAAAUAAGAAAAGAGCAUCGUAAAGACCGAAAAGAAAAAGAUAGAAGACACAAACGUGAAGAAGAUGAUGGAGAAGGAGAAUGGGAGACUGUUAAAGGAGGAGUUGCCAUUCCAUCUGAGAAACCUAAAAUGUUUGCUAAAGAUGAAGAAAUCAAUACAGUUGCUGUCUUGAAAAAGUUGAAUGAAAUUAUAGCUGCUCGUGGAAAAAAAAGGACUGACAGGAGGGAACAGAUUGAGUUGUUGCAUGAGCUGCAAGCAAUUGCUGAAAAUCAUAAUCUUACUGCUGCAUUAGUAAAGAUAAAGUUUUGCAUUGUCUCAUCUAUCUUUGAUUACAACCCAAAAGUAUCCGAUGCAAUGAAACCAGAAUAUUGGUCAAAACUUUUAGUGCGAAUUACGGAAAUGUUGAAUCUGCUCUUGAGUACAACUGACAUCGUCAUUGCUGAGUCUAUUGGAGAAGAUGAAGAGGAAUAUGAGAAAGCACCUUUUAAAUUGCAUGGCUGCGUACUCACUUUGGUGGAAAGAUUAGAUGAGGAAUUCAUUAAGCUUCUAAAAGAAUGUGAUCCUCAUAGUAAUGAAUAUGUUGAAAGACUCAAGGAUGAAAAACAAGUAUGUGCUACUAUUGACAAAGUUCAAGAAUAUCUUGAAAGACAAGGAUCCGUGUCAGAGCUCUGCCGCAUUUACAUUCGUAAAAUAGAACAUUUGUAUUACAAAUUCGACCCAAAUGUUUUGAAGCAAAAAGACGGUGAAAUCGGAGACGACGUCGUCACCGCAGUCCAAGUGAUGGACAAGAUGUGCAAGUACAUCUACUCGCGCGACGAGACCAAUCGCAUCAGGACCCGAGCCAUGCUGUCCCACGUCUAUCAUCACGCCCUGCACGACAACUGGUUCAAGGCCCGCGACCUGUUCCUCAUGUCGCAUCUGCAGGAGACCAUUCAUCACUCCGAUCCUUCCACGCAGAUCCUGUACAAUCGGGCCGUCGCCCAUCUCGGCCUGUGCGCGUUCCGUCACGCCAACAUCAAGGACGCCCACGCCUGCCUGCUGGACCUGAUGAUGACCGGCAAGGUCAAGGAGGUGCUGGCCCAGGGUCUGCUGCCGCAGAGGCAGCACGAGCGCAGCAAGGAGCAGGAGAAGAUCGAGAAGCAGCGUCAGAUGCCGUUCCACAUGCACAUCAAUUUGGAGCUGCUGGAGUGCGUGUAUCUCGUCUCGGCGAUGCUCAUCGAGAUCCCGUACAUGGCCGCUCACGAAUUCGACGCCAGGAGAAGAAUGAUCUCCAAGACUUUCUAUCAGCAGCUACGAUCGAGCGAGCGCCAGUCUUUGGUUGGUCCUCCGGAAUCCAUGAGGGAGCACGUUGUGGCCGCUUCCAAGGCCAUGCGCAACGGCAACUGGACCGCCUGUAACAACUACAUUAUCAAUGAAAAAAUGAAUGCCAAGGUUUGGGAUUUAUUUUAUCAAGCUGACAAGGUGAGGGCUAUGCUCUCCAAACUUAUCAAAAAGGAGGCUUUGAGGACGUACCUGUUCACUUACUCACACGUAUACGAUUCAAUAUCGAUGCAAACUUUGGCUGAAUUGUAUGAGUUACCGAAACCAGAAGUUCAUAUGGUUAUCAGUAAAAUGAUCAUCAACGAGGAACUAAUGGCUUCUUUGGAUGAUCCGACGCAGACGGUCGUUAUGCAUCGUAGCGAGCCGAGUCGUUUGCAGUCAUUGGCUUUGCAACUCACCGAUAAAGUCAACAAUUUCGUUGAUUCCAACGAGCGAAUAUUUGAAACGAAGCAAGGAAACUUCUUCCGAAAUCAAGGAAACUAUCGCAACUUUAAUAGACAAGAUUGGGGAGGACGUCAGAGACGCGAUCGCGAUCGCGAUCGUAAUCGCGGCGAUGACAAUAGAAAUAACCAUUAAUUUUUAAUACAUUGACUCUUACUUUUUGUGAGUUAAUUUAGGAGUGGUUCCAUUGAUAGUAAAAUA